GAAAUCUUACUCGCUCUUAUCGUUCCCUUCUCCUUCUUUUUCUUCCCUCCCGUGUUCUCCAGUCCCCCAUUCGGUCUUCCGACCCAAGCGCACCGCAUUGUCAAUCUUCCCUCCGGGGUGCUCCGUUUCUUUCUUUAUUCUUCUCGCCUGCUGAUUUUGGCUCCUUUGUGCGUCAAUUUUCGCUGCUUCGGACAAAUAAGACAGCCUGACUGCCUCGUCUAGACUCGGUUCUUUGGGAUUCUUCUCUGGCCCGACACGAUCCGCCUUAGUUAUCCCAUUCAUCCUUCGCCAACAGCAAGCCAAAGUCUAGCGAAGUCACUGUUUGGCAUACGCAACCACGUCUUUCUUUUCUACCCAUCCGAGAAAAACGACGUUGUUGCCAGUGAUCGGGAUAAGUCUGUGACUUGAACCAAGGCCGCUGCGCAAUCAGAAAAGAACAGACAAGGGUCUUCUGAGUCUACAUCAGUUGCUUCCUAGUCCUCAAGCUAUAGGCACUCGGCCUGUCAGCUAACUCUCACGUAUCGAGACGCUUUGUACUGUCGCUGUCCGCCAAUCAACGAGUCUGUUGCGGCCUCAGAUCAGAAAACACGCUUUCUAGUGUGCGCACACGAGCAGCCAAAAUCGAACCCCGAACAUAAUAGCAAACAAAAAAAAACGAAAGAACGAAACCAUCCCGAACCCCGGAACAUACUGUAGUUGCGAUAACUGUGUCUUUUACUAGUCAUGGCCAGUCCACUUCAGUUCGCUACCCGGACCCUGAAGGACAUCCGUGUCUUUAACGCGGAUCCGGUAUAUGCCGACCUUCCGGGUUUCGAGAAGCCGACGGGCAACUUGCGGUGCUGCGUCUACUCCCCUUGUGGUCGCUACUUUGCUUGGGCCUCUAAUGAAGUCGUCCGCGUGACCGAUUCGAGCGACGGCCGUGUCCUCGCCGCCCUUUCGAUCCCCAACGUAUACGAACUUGGAUUCUCUCCCCGCGGCACCUUCUUCAUCACUUGGGAGCGCCCCGGCAAGGAUGAGAACGGCGAUGCUACCAAGAACCUGAAGGUCUGGCGCACGGUCGAGGACCUCCCGGAAGGGACUGAGAAACAGCCGCUUGGUCGGUUUGUGCAAAAAUCGCAGAAUGGCUGGAAUCUGCAGUACACGAAUGACGAGAAGUACUGCGCGCGCAUGGUGACCAACGAGGUUCAGUUUUACGACAGUAACGACCUGGCCACUGUCUGGAACAAGCUGCGCGUCGAGGGAGUUAGUGAUUUUGCGCUGUCGCCUGGAAAGGCACAUGCGCUGGCUGUCUUUGUGCCUGAACGCAAGGGUCAACCUGCUGCUGUCAAGGUCUUUAACGUUCCUCAGUUCACGGCACCAGUUUCGCAGAAGACUUUCUUCAAGGGUGACAAAGUUCAGCUCAAGUGGAACGCUCUCGGGUCUGCCAUUAUCGUUUUGGCCCAGACCGAUGUCGACAAGUCCAACAAGAGCUACUAUGGAGAGACCACCCUGUACUUACUGAGUGUUAACGGAUCUUUUGAUGCUCGCAUCUCUUUGGACAAGGAGGGACCCAUUCACGAUGUCGCAUGGUCGCCGAACUCGAAAGAGUUUGGUGUUAUCUACGGAUUCAUCCCGGCAAAGAUCACCAUCUUCAACCAACGUGCUGUUGCUACCCACAGCUUCCCGAGCGGUCCUCGCAACACUAUCAUAUUUUCGCCGACAGGACGAUUUGUGUUGGUGGCUGGAUUUGGUAAUCUGGCUGGUCAGAUCGAUGUCUACGACCUUGAGAGAGACUACCGCAAGAUCUGCACCAUUGAAAGCGGCAGCCCCAGUGUGUGUCAGUGGAGCCCUGACAGCCGCUACAUCAUGACCGCCACUACGUCCCCGCGCCUACGUGUGGACAACGGUGUCAAGCUUUGGCACGUGACUGGAACUCUGAUGUACAAUGAGGAUAUGGUGGAGUUGUACAAUGUCCUCUGGCGACCCGUGCUGCCAGAGCACGCUCCCACCGGUGACGCACUGCAGCCGAUACCCGCUCCUCACGCGUCAGCAGCCACAUACAUGAGCACUGUGAAAACUCCCUCUAAACCUGCGGGCGCCUACAGACCCCCGGGUGCACGUGGUUCCGUCACUCCUCUCCACUUCAAGCGUGAGGAUGAAGGUGGUGCUGCUCACUCUGUUAGCAACGGUGUCAGCCAGCUGAACAUGAACGGAUUUGGCCGUGCGCGGCAUCAGGUGCCGGGUGCCGAUUUUGCCUCCGUCCCUGGUGCUGGUGUUCCCGGUGCAGAGCCGGCGGAUGACGAUGGACUGUCAAAGGCUGCGUCUAAGAACAAGAAGAAGCGGGCUAACAAGAAGGCCAAGGACGCCGCCGCGGCGGAGGGAGGCGGUGCCAGCCUUGCGCCCCCCAACAACUACAACAACGAUGCGAACGGAGGUCGGAGUCCCGAGCGUAAUGGACGCAACUACCAGCACUCGCACUCGCGUAGCCAGUCACGUAACAACAUGAAUGGUGGCGGCGGCGGCGGCGGUGGUGGUGGUCGUAGCCGCAGCAACACGCACAGGCAGGCCAUGGGUGAAGGAGGAGGCCGGGCGCGGUCUCGAUCGGCACGCCCGCAGAACCGCCUGGCUAACAUUCAGGUGUCAUCGCUGCAGGGAGCCGCUCAGGCCCCCAUGCACUCGCCCAUCUCGGAGACUGCGCAGAACCCCCAGGCCAAGAAGCAAAGGGGUCUGCAGAAGAAGAUCCGGGCGAUUGAGGACCUCGAGAUGCGUCUCGCCGGCGGUGAGAAGCUCGAAGACACUCAGAUGAAGAAGAUCGGUACCAAGGCCACCGUGCUUAAGGAGCUCGAGAUGCUGGAGAAGGAGAUGAUGCACUGA